CCUAAUUCAGCGACCAAGAAAUCCUUGAAAUCUUUGAAUUUUGUACUGAAAUUUAAAGAUUUUAAGCGAAUUUCAAGGGUUUCUUGGUCGCUGAAUAAGGCCCAUUAUAAGUAAUAUUCUUAUUAUAUUUCAAGAUAAAUUUUUUUUUACUUGAUUUUGAGAAACAAUUUAAAAAUUAAUAUUUUUAAUUUUAUUAGUAAGUACCGUACAUAUACCAAAACGCGUUAAAGGCAUUAAAUGGAUUAAAAUUAAAGGAAAAAGAUUUAAAAAUAAAUUCUAAAAACUUUUUAAAGCAAAAAUAAAAAAAAAAAUAUUUUUACCGCGCUGAACGAGUUACGAUAAUUUCCAAUAGAAUAUGCAGACAUGUCUGAUAUGUGUCCAAAGGAUCGUCGUAUGACAUUCUUUAUAGGGUAGUCAGCUGGCUAAAGUUUAUGUUUACAAUAAAAUAAAAUUAAAGAACAUUUUAAUUUAUAGAAAGAUAAUUUGGAAUAAAUAUUGUGCACGUUGUGUGUUUGAUUGAAAUUAUAGUGGAACUUCUGUUGCUGCGGAUUUUGAACAUAAAUGCAAAGAAUUAUUUGACAAAUCCCAACAAGUUCGGAGCGUCUCUGAAGUAUCUACAUCAGGAAGUCAUGGAAGAAGUUGGGAAAAAGCCUCCCACCUCUCUCACAGACAUUCAAAAAGGAAUCAUCAUUGAAUUCCUUAUACUGGAUCCGGGACUUUUGGAAGGAAGUGCACGUUUAUCCCCAGGAAUACUCACAGCUCUCAAUGAAAGUUGCCAAGAAGUCCGGGAGAGUUCCGUUUGGUUGGAAGCCUUUAUAAAUUGGAAGGAUGGCGUCCUGAAAGAUUAUUUCUACGCACAGAAAUCUCGAAACUUUGUCUCCAGCAUUGAAGAUAUCCAACUAUUGGUGCUUCUGCGGAAUGAAGUGUUGUCACCGAAAUGCCAGACAAAGCCUGAGGAAGAUAAUGGAGUGGGACUCAGCUGUAGAAUUUGCCUAACCAACGUCAACCAGGAAGAAACCUUCAAUCUCUUCACAUCCUUCAUUGAUAAUCUCUCUCUAGCACAACUCUUGAAUACCUUCACAGACAUUAUCCCCAUAAAGGAAGAUGAUGAUCUUCCGGAUGUAAUUUGUCUGCAUUGCUCAAAGCUCCUGAGGACGGUGCAUAAUUUUAAAGUUCUCUGCGAGAACAAUGAUCAGCGAUUGCGAGAAGCUAUUAAGAAGUCAGAAGAACUUCCUGAGAUGGAGGAAAAUGAUUUCUUUGACGAAGAAACAGUAUCUGUUCUCAAUCAUGAGUAUCCGUAUGAAGGGAACUUCAAUGAAAUCCAAAAUUCAGUUCCAAAUGCAAAAUGUGAAGAUUUGCCGCAGAGUUCAUCAGCUGAAAAUGGUCCGGAAAUGUGUAAAUCUGAACCUCCGGAAGCUGUUUUAGAACUAAUUGAGAAAAUGUUCCAAGAUCCUGCUCUUAAGAACAAAACAUUAAAGAUUGGGAAGCAGCGGAAGCAUUGUGACACAUGUGGGAAAAAUUUCGCCACACCCAACUCCCUGUGGGUUCACAACAAGAGGGUACACCUGAAGGAUAAGCCCCAUGUCUGCGACCUGUGUGGCAAGCACUUCCGGACGAGGUUGGAGAUUAAAAAUCACAUUCGGACACACACAAAUGAACGUCCAUUUAUCUGUGAAACGUGCGGGAAGUGUUUCAAAACACUGAGCGCUGUCAAUGCUCAUAGGGUAAGUCAUCAGUCGGAGAAGCAGGUUCAAUGUCCUGUUUGUCCCUAUCGCACCACCACAAAAGCCAAUCUGAAGAUCCACGAAAGAACCCAUUCAGGUGCUAAGCCCUACACCUGCCAGUUUUGCGAUGCCACCUUCAUGACGUCCAGCAACAAACAGAAGCAUAUUCAGAACAUUCACAAAAAGAUGCGGGUGCACAAGUGCGCCCACUGCGAAAAGACUUUUUUCGCGAAGCAGAGUGCAUUUAAGCACAGUGUAAUACAUACCGGAGCUAAGCCGUACAAAUGCCCUGUCUGCAUGAUCUCCUAUGCAUGGUACAACGGCUUCCAGAAGCACAUGCGGAUGCAACAUCGUGGGGUUGAAGUGCCCAAAGAGAGUGCUUUUCAUGAAAAUUUUGAGAUGUCUAAAUAAUAAACUAAAUUCUUUCAUCUCUUGCUAA